AUGGCCUCCAAGACCUUCAGUGAGCUACAAGAAGAGGAGUACGUGUCGACCACUGUCGGAACCAUCACAUGCACCGCGCCCAUUCCCUUCGGUGGCGACGAGCAAUGGCUUUAUUUCCCAGACGAUGGUAAAUUCGAUCUAUCGAGGGGAUCGGAGAGGAGGAUGGUAGUUGAAUGCGACAAAGACCGUCACAACCACACCGGAUUCAUGUUUGACCCUGACAGCGCCGUCCUAAUCGUCGUCGACAUGCAAAACUACUUCAUCCACCCGCAAUAUCGAGACCACGCCGCUGGAUUGGCGGCAAUCGAGCCUACUCUGAGAGUCAUUGAGCGAUGCAGGAAGGAAGGCAUCCAGAUUGCCUGGCUCAACUGGGGCCUCUCCGAGCAUGACCUCAAGAACAUGGCGCCGGCCAUUCAGCGCGGCUUCCACAAAGCUCUGGGUUGGCAUGUUGGAUUAGGCGCUCAGCUCCCUGGAAACCAGGGUCGUUGCCUCUUCAAGCGGACGUGGAACUCGGAGCUUUACGAGCCGUUCAAGGCUGUCACUCAGCCUGGUGAUCUCUUCUUCGACAAGACACGCAUGAGUGGAUUGUGGUCUGCAGCUGAGCCUCUCCAUGAAUACUUGCGCGCUGUCGACAAGAAGACGCUGCUUUUCGCUGGCGUCAACACCGAUCAGUGCGUGUUUGGCACUGUGUCUGAUGCAUACUCUUAUGGCUGGGACUGCGUUCUCCUGGAUGACUGCACAGGCACAAUGACUGGAAUGGGCGCUCAGGCGCUUUCUGAGUACAACAUUGCUCAAAACAUGGGCUUUGUGACUGGCAGUAAGGCAUUCUGCGAGGCAGUGACUGUUUGA